AUUCUCACGGGACGCACCGGGCGUGUUGCAUAGGUCGAUUACGAAACUCCUGCGGAUAAACCGCGUUAUCGAGGAUACUUUUGGCCCGUAAGGAGAUUAUAUUGCGUCGGGAGUCCGGGACGCCUCACGUACCUAUGUCAUUCGGCUGUUAUAACUGGGAACCCUCGGAGCGAUGAAUGAUUCACUGGCAUGGAAAAAAGGCAGCGUGAAAAUCGUGAAUAAGGAACUCCUUCGCGGAUGAUUCUUUGACAUUACGGCAAGAGAGAGAGAGAGAGAGAGAGAGAAGGGGGGAAAUAAUGAGAAGAAAGUCGCAAAGCGCCAUGGAGGGGACGGAGGUUACGUUUUUAUUCCAAUUUGGUCUGAUACGUGAUACAGUCACGGUCGAUAGCAGCACGCUUACUCUUAAGGCCCUGAAAGAUCUCGCCUGUGAUUUUAUAAACACCAAGUGUCCAGAACACGGACUGAAUCAUCUGUUUGAGAGAUUAAUUUUGUUCAAACACGAUUACAAUUCCACUAAUGUAUUGCAACUAGUUACAAACGCUACGGAAGUGGUUGACGAGACCCUGGUGGAAAUCGUGUUGACUGCACAAGUGCCAAACGAAUACAUUCCCAUUCGACCUCAUGCCUUAGCAGUACAUUCCUACAAAGUUCCGACAUUCUGCGAUUUUUGCGGCGAAAUGUUAUUCGGGCUUGUCCGACAAGGUCUCAAGUGCGAAGGUUGCGGUAUGAACUAUCACAAAAGAUGCGUCAUCAAAGUACCGAAUAACUGUUCGCAAGAUGCGAGUCAAAGACGGCGCAGCUCGGCCAUGCUGAACGUACCAAGAUCGCCGAGUCAGGGUUCCACUAGCAGCCUGACGAGCAAUACCGACGAUAAUUACAGUUCAAAUAGUACACUCAACACAAGCCAAAAUAAUAGUACAUUGGCAAUACCGAGUAUAAUAGCACCAAAACAGUCCUCCUCGCCGAUAUUGGGAGGGCGACCCGUUUGGGUCGAGCGAGAGCUCGCAACGCGAAUAAAAAUCCCGCACACAUUCGUAGUGCACACGUACACACGUCCGACUGUAUGUGGACACUGUAAAAAGUUGCUAAAGGGUAUAUUUAAGCAAGGCCUUCAGUGUAAAGAUUGUCAAUACAAUACGCACAAAAAAUGUAUGGAUAAAAUACCAAAAGACUGUACUGGGGAAAAUCCACGAGAUAAUAUAGGCGAGUACACGGAUAGCGGUGUUGGCAGUGAGCUAGAAACCAAAUGUGAUACUAGGAAUGAAGAAGCCGAUGCUGACAGCGACACGGAAUCAUCGCCUUUAAUACAAGAUGCGUCGUUCACGAAUAACGAGAAUAAGAUAUCCAGUGAUUAUCCCGAUCAUCCACGAUAUAAUGAUAACGUUGCUUGUGAUGAAUAUCAGAAAUCACGACCGUCAAGCUGUAAUUCAACACCAAGUAACAACAUUCCAUUAAUGCGGAUAGUACAAAGUGUGAAACAUACUAAAAAACGUGGGUCUAAAGUAUUAAAAGAAGGUUGGAUGGUGCAUUUCACAAAUCGUGAUCCAAUCGUGAGUAUUCAAUAUUUUCUGAUAUCAUUUAAAUUAUUAAUUACUGAAUAUAAAUAUAUAGACUCGAAUGAAAUUAUUUACGAAUCUUUUCAGAGAAAGAAACAUUAUUGGCGGCUUGACACAAAGUCUAUAACGUUAUUCCAAAGCGAGAAUGGUUCUAAAUAUUAUAAGGAAAUACCGUUGGCUGAAAUUUCAGCUAUUGAAACUGCAAAGACGCCUCGUUCAUAUAUAAUGCAUUGCUUUGAGCUAAAAACUGCCAAUGCCGAUUACUAUGUCGGGGAGGAUCCAUCAUACGGAGAAAAUUGCGGACAAGUCUCUCCUCCCGAAAGUGGUAUCGGAGCUCAUAUAGCUAGAUCGUGGGAAACUACAAUUAGACAAGCACUUAUGCCCGUAACUGUGUCGAAUAAUCAAGAAGAACCUGCCGAACCUAAUGAACCCGAGGAAAACGUAACUGAUAUGUCACAAUUGUAUCAGAUCUUCCCGGAUGAAGUUUUGGGAUCCGGACAAUUCGGCAUAGUUUACGGAGGUGUGCAUCGCAAGAGCGGCCGCGCGGUCGCCAUAAAAGUCAUCGACAAGCUACGUUUUCCCACCAAGCAGGAAGCCCAGUUGAAAAACGAAGUAGCCAUCCUGCAAAAUCUAUCGCAUAGCGGAGUGGUGAAUCUAGAGCGUAUGUUCGAGACAACAGAACGGAUAUUCGUAGUGAUGGAGAAAUUGAAGGGCGACAUGCUGGAAAUGAUCUUGAGCUCCGAAAGGGGACGACUCAGCGAACGAAUAACCAAGUUUCUCGUAACGCAAAUUCUGGUCGCGUUGAAACACCUCCACAGCAAGAACAUCGUGCACUGUGAUCUGAAGCCGGAGAACGUAUUACUGAGCAGCGACACGGAUUUCACCCAGGUGAAAUUAUGCGACUUCGGAUUCGCACGGAUAAUCGGCGAGAAGAGCUUUCGGAGAAGCGUCGUCGGCACGCCGGCGUACUUGGCGCCGGAGGUUUUGCGGAAUAAAGGUUACAAUCGAUCAUUGGAUAUGUGGAGCGUCGGCGUCAUCAUUUAUGUGUCAUUAAGUGGCACCUUCCCCUUUAACGAGGAAGAGGACAUUAAUGAGCAGAUCCAGAACGCUGCCUUCAUGUAUCCGCCAACUCCGUGGAAGGAAGUCUCAAGCGAUGCCAUUGAUUUAAUCAAUAACCUUCUACAAGUAAAACAGAGAAAGCGGUACACCGUGGACAGAAGCUUGCAACACGUGUGGUUGCAAGAUUAUCAAACGUGGUGUGACUUGAGGAAAUUGGAGCAGAAGGUUGGCUAUCGCUACCUGACCCACGAAAGCGACGACGCACGUUGGAUGGCGUACAGUAAUCAAGAAACAUGACAGAACUGUUCGCCCGUUUUGAACAUCGAGGCAUUACCGACUUCCUUGUCACUGCACAAAGGCUGGGCCCGAUAUGCUCGAGCUACUCUACGGCGAUUUAUUCGUGCCUGACUCAGUAAAAGUACGUAAAAAUUAGUACAACUCUGUCUUUCGGACGAUAUUCCAAAUAAGUCGUUCUCCGUUCUAGAAUGGAAUCGACAGCGGCAUUCUGAAUUUGCAUUUCGGGAUAUUGCUACUUUCUCCAAAAUGCUUAAUAGCAUUAUUAAACAUAACAUUCAGAAAGCUUCCAUAACGUUAACAUUCCCACAAAGUGAUCCUAGCACAAAAGGAUUUUGAUUCGCGGUAUAUUAUAUACGCGUAGUGAUAAAUAUAAAAAUGAUAAGUGAAAAACGCUACGAACAGUAGCCUUGUUCGUGAGACAUUUGAGACCGAAAUGCCGCGGUUUAACAGAUCUUACCAAAUUCCAUUUUAAAUAUCUACUUCAGAUUUUAUUUGUAGAGAUAUGUCUCUAUGUAAGCUAUUUAAACUACAUUAUAACUAUGUAGACAUUUUUAUUGCUUUAAUUCUAGAUUAUAUAUUUAGAAUAACGUUAUUUUAUAAAGCAUUU